AUGGUACAGCAAAGGAUAGAAAGAGAGGUAAUAAUCCUCUGCGAUAGCCAGGCUGCGAUUCAGGCAAUCAAUGGAAGCAUUGCGGAAAAUGGGACGAGCUCCGGAGCUAGGGUAUCCUGGCUAUUCGCUAAAUCCCGGCACACCAGGGAAUUGAGGGUAAUGAGCGAGCAGACAGAGCAGCAAAAGAGGCAACUGGAUGGGGAUUAG